GCCCCGGAGGCGGAGCCCUGACGUUCCUCACUCGGACUGAGAGACCUCUUGUGUGCCAGGCUGCUGCGACACUCCACGACGUUCCCGAUUUGUCAUCGCUCUGCUGGAUCCGCCGGAUAAAUGGAGCCGGGCAGCGAUGUGUUUCAGUGGGGCCGCGGCCCACCACUUCUCAGUAACCCAGUCCUGGACCAGCUGCCCAGUUACCAGUCUCUUCGGUACCGCAGGCGACCCUCAACAGGAAGUAGUAGACGGAAGCGGAGCGUCUCACGUCAGCGAAUGGGCUCGUCCUCGAGUGGCAGAUGGGCAGGCCCCGACACCGACGACCUGCUGAAGACCGUUUCCCCACAGAGGCCAGUCAAGGAGUUACCCAUAAGCAUGUCAGACAAACGGCGAGUGUGGGAGCAUCACAAUGAGCAGCGCAAGGACAUGAGCAGCUGGCAGCAGUGGUGGCUCGGCAGGCAGAGAUCUUUCAGGCGCUUCAAGGACGACAGCCACGAGGUGUUUUCUGCUCUCGUACUGUGGAGGAAGGACAUUCAUGUUAUCGAGGGUAAAUUUGGCACCGGCAUCCAGUCCUACUUCUCUUUCCUGCGCUUCCUGGUUGUGCUCAAUCUGGUGAUGUUUCUGAUGUUGUUUUGUUUUGUCACCCUUCCUGUCAUCAUUUCCGACUACGAAGUGGCCAACAGCACAAUGCUGAACGUGACUGCCUCAUUUAAUUGUUCAGCUUACCCGAGCACAUUGCGGCAAGGCCUGGUGUUGUUCCAUCAGUACAUUAUUGAUGCCCUUUCAGGAACGGGUUUCCUGGAGCAGACCUACCUGUUCUAUGGCUACUACAGGAUGGACAGCGUGCACUUCCCCACCAUUCAGUACAGACUGCCCCUCGCCUACUUGCUGACGUCCAUCGCCUGCCUCCUGCUCAGUCUCGUCUGGACUGUGAAAAGAUCCGUGCACGGGUUCAAGCUGAACCUCAUUCAGGAUGAAGAUCGCUUCCAAAGUUUUUGCAACAAAAUAUUUGCUGGCUGGGAUUUCUGCAUCACAGAUGAGAGAGCAGCGAGACUGAAGCACAGCAGCCUGCACUACGAGCUGAAGACAGACUUGGAUGAGGAGCGCAUCAAGCAGAAAAUCGCCCACCGGACCCGCAAGGAGAUCUGCCGCAUCUACUUCCUGAGGAUAAUCCUCAAUCUGUUUGUGAUCGGCGUGCUCGGUGGAUGUUUCUACGCCAUCUACAGAGCCACCAUUUACUCGCAGGAAUACGGCCAGACUCAGCCGCAGCAAGCCCAGAACUUCAUCGUAGACCUGAUUGUUGAGUAUCUCCCCUCCAUUGUGAUCACGGCUGCCAACUUCAUUACUCCCCUGAUCUUUGAGGUGGUCAUUCGGUAUGAGGACUACUCCCCGGCCUUUGAGAUCCGCUUCACUCUGAUAAGGUGUGUGUUUGUGCGGCUGGCCAGCAUUGUGGUGCUUCUCUUCACCCUGUGGUCGCAGAUCACGUUCUGUGGCGGAAAAACUUGUUUUUGUGGCUAUAACAACAACCUGUACCCGUGCUGGGAGACGCGUGUUGGCCAGGAGAUGUACAAGCUGGCAAUAUUCGAUUUCCUCAUCAUUGGCGCCGUCGCUGUCCUCGUCGAGUUCCCCAGGAACCUCAUCGUGACCCACUGUAGCUGCUCGCUAGCCAAAUGGUUUGGACAGCAGGAGUUUGCCGUUCCCCAGAACGUUUUGGAGAUCGUCUACGGACAGACCAUCUGCUGGAUUGGAUCUUUCUACUCCCCUCUCAUCCCCGGCAUUAGCACCAUAAAAUAUUUCAUCGUUUUCUACAUUAAGAAGGUCUCUCUGAUGCAGAACUGCCGUCCAUCAACGCGGCCUUUCCGGGCCUCCAGUUCAAACUUUUUCUUUCUGGCGGUGUUGCUGAUCGGUUUGCUGGUGGCCUGCGUUCCAGUAGGAGUGACCAUUGGACAUAUAAGCAGCUCCAAAGCAUGCGGGCCCUUCAUGAACUACAACAUUUCGUGGGAUGUGGUCCCGUCGGCCAUUGAAACUUUACCUGGCAGUGCAAGGAAAUUCUUUUACGUCAUCAGUUCUGAAGCCUUUGCUGUGACCUUCUUUGUGGUAGUUUGCCUUUUCUUGUUCUACUUCAUCGCCUUGGCCCGCGCGCACAAGCUCGUCGUGAAGCAGCUGAAGGACCAACUUCAAAUGGAGGGACGAGACAAGAUGUUUCUCAUACAGCAACUCUACAAGGCCCAGAAAACGUUUAAGCAGCAGCCGGCGUGGCCCCGGACGGAGGGAUCGGAAUUGGAGCAGGAGGGGAUGUUACACCCUGACCGGGACUACUACAGCCCCCCCUCUUCGGAUGUGUUUCCAGAGGAUUAUAUGGACUAUAACUUGACUAGGCCUGGCGUCUCCUGUUCCCCCCAGUCAGAUAUGUCCGAUACGACGGACCCCGUGUCGUCCAGCAGGAUGCGGAGGCUGUCGGCGUCCUCGUGUCUGGCGGGAGUCGCUCGACUCUCUGAACGUUUACUUUUACGCCUGUCCUUGACGCGCUCAUUCUCGGUGUCCGGGGGUCCGCCUUGUUGUAAGUGGGAUUCUGGUUCCGGGCUGUCGGAGGAGAACUUUGUGUCUUCGGACAUCACCAAGCAGCUCUGCAGGAAGCUUUCAGGGGGUUGGGCCGACACUCCUGCUCUUCUGGCCGGAAGUCUUCUUCAUUUUCUUCAGAUGUCUGACCUCCAAAGUGGUGACGUUGACCCGAGACGUCCUUGCCACUGUCCUGGUGACAGUCGGCUCCAGGAUCACCUCCUUGGCUUUCUGAAGCGUGUGCCGUGUGAUGUGCCCUGCUGCCGUUCUGUUCCUGUGGAUGGAUCUCUGCUUCGGUUUCCAUCGCGACUUCAUCGUCACCCCGCAGCGACUCCUUGGCAGGCCUACCAGCCACUGUAUAUCAUCCGGGAGCUGCCAAUCGCCACACCUGUGCCAUGUCCCCACAUGAAAAGGAGACGCUCAAGUGUGGCGGGGAGGAAGACGAAAGAGGAAGAGAUGCUUGAAGAAGGAGAGUGCAGCAUUGGGGGCAGUGAAAGAGGGUUAGGGAGAGAGAGGGCAGCGCGGCCAGGGGGUCCUGCGACAGAGCGAGGGAUUCGGUGCUCCAGGGACGGAGGAGCGGGUGCCAUCGAGGUUGGUGUCCUCUCCAGGGAUCCGAGGGACGACUUUGUGGGCAGCGAGAGGACAACGGACCCUGGGCGGGGAGUGAGGGGACUGUGGCUGCUGAAGUCUCUGCCAGGAGCCGUCCGACUGGAUCUUCGACUCUUUGAAAGCUGCAGAGGUGAAAGGUUAGAAAUGCAGUUGUUGCCCGUGCCGUGUGGCGCUGCAGAAAAUCCAGUUUGGGAAGACCGCCAUUCCAAACUGCUUACCUUCUCCCUCUGGGACUGGCAGAGGCACACAUCGAUGGGUUUGGAGACCUACGAGUGGACCCUCUGUGGCGGUGGGGGCCUCGCCACGGUCUUUGUUGUGUGUAACGUGGUGACGCCCUCCAGCAUGCCUGGGCCUGCAGCUGUGACAUCAAAGGGAGAGGAGCCAAGGGUCACCAACUGGAACAAAGCAAGUGAAGCUCAGACGGCAACAAUGUGCAAGUGGCUACUGUUGCGGUUGGCGCUGGCGACUUUGGUCGCCGCUGAGGAUAUCGUCGUCGGCUGCGGAGGCUUCGUCAAGUCUGACCUGGAGAUCAACUACUCGCUAAUCGAGAUCAAGCUGUACACCAAGCAGGGCUCUCUGAAGUAUCAGACGGACUGCGCCCCCAAUAAUGGCUACUUCAUGAUCCCCCUCUAUGACAAGGGUGACUUUGUGUUGAAAAUCGAGCCGCCCCUGGGAUGGAGCUUUGAACCUACAAGCGUCGACCUCCACGUGGAUGGGAUGACAGAUAUCUGCACAAAAGGAGAAGACAUCAAUUUCGUCUUCACUGGAUUUUCUAUCUCUGGAGUGGUCAUAAGUAAAGGCCAGGAGCAGGGUCCUUCAGGAGUCCAGGUGUCCUUGAAGAAGAUCGGCUCAGAUGUGGACCUGCAGCGCACGCAGACGCAGCCAGGGGGCAGGUACACCUUCUCAAAAGUUCUCCCGGGAAGUUAUGAAGUACAUGCAACGCACCCAGCAUGGAUCUUGCAAGAGAGCACAACAUCAGUCCGGGUGUCAAACUCUAACGCCCAGGCAGCCGAGCCCCUGAUGGUUAAAGGGUACGACGUCUCCGGGGCCGUGAAGAGCGAUGGAGAGCCGAUGAAAGAAGUGGCCUUCCUGCUGUUCUCCAGGAGUGUCAACAGAGAGGAUGUCUCCGGCUGCAGCACGGCCCCCCUGGAUGGGUACCCCACAGAAGAGGAGUCCCUGGCGUAUCUCUGCAGUGUCCUGUCCCGGGAAGACGGCACAUUCACUUUUCCAUCUUUGCCCAGUGGUGAAUAUACCGUGGUGCCUUUCUAUCGGGGGGAGAGGAUCACAUUUGACGUUGCGCCGUCUCGGAUGGAGUUCAAAGUGGAGCACGACAGCUUGAAGCUGGAGCCUGUUUUCCGUGUCAUGGGCUUCUCAGUGACAGGCAGAGUCCUAAACAGUCCCGACGGAGAGGGAGUGGCCGAUGCCACAGUGACACUCAACAAUCAGAUCAAAGUGAUGACGAAGGCCGACGGCUCAUUCCGCCUCGAGAACAUGACUGCGGGCUCCUACUCCAUCCGGACGCACAAGGACCUCAUGUUCUUUGAGCCUAUCACGGUCAAGAUCGCCCCCAACACCCCUCAGUUGCCUGACAUCAUCACAGCAGGGUUCAGUGUCUGUGGCCAGAUCUUAAUCUCCCGCCUGCCAGAAGGCAUGAAGCACAUGAGCAGGUACAAAGUGGUGUUGACUCCUGAGGGCAAAGACAAAAGCAACUCUCGGACCGUCGAGUCAGAUGCUCAGGGGGCCUUCUGCUUCCAGACCAAGCCGGGAGAUUACAGCGUUCAGGUAAACGUGCCCGAGUCGGAGAUGAAGGCUGGCCUGUCGCUGCAGCCCAAGACUUUGCUGGUGACCGUUGUGGACCAACCUCUGAUGGACUUGCUCUUCACUCAGUUCAUGGCCUCGGUUUCGGGGAAGGUCUCCUGUCUCGCCGCCUGCGGAGAUCUGACUGUGACCCUCCAGCCAACAAGCCGGCAGGGCGAGAAACGAAGCCUCCAGCCCUUUGACAAAGGAGAUGCCGUCCCGUUCACGUUUGACAGGAUCUUACCGGGAAAGUAUAAAGUGAGCAUUGCCCAGGAGGAGUGGUGCUGGAAGCAGAAAUCUCCGGAGGUGGAAGUGCUGGAGGAGGACGUGCUGGGUGUGGAGUUUCGGCAGACUGGCUACAUGCUUCGAUGUUCCUUAUCUCAUGCCAUAACGCUGGAGUUUUAUCAGGAUGGCAGCGUGCCGGAGAACGUUGGAGUCUACAAUCUGUCCAAGGGUGUCAACCGCUUCUGCCUUUCCAAACCAGGCACCUACAAAGUCACUCCCCGCUCCUGCCACCAGUUUGAACAGGACUUCUACAUAUAUGACACUUCAGCGCCAAGCAUCCUGACUCUCACGGCGGUCCGACACCGUGUGACUGGGGUGGUCACCACAGAUGAGCUGAUGGACAUCACUGUCACCAUCACGUCUUCCAUUGAAAGCGAGCCGGCGCUGGUCAUGGGCCCGCUGAAAUCUCUCCAACAGCAGAGGCAGGAGCAGCAGUUGCAGGAGAUCGAGCUGCGGAGGCAGGAACGCGAGAGAAGAGGAGAGGGCGAUGGGAAAGAGGGGACCCCCGUGCAGGAGAAAGUCGAGGAAUUGCACGGCCCGUUCAAUUAUGAGUUCUCCUACUGGGCCAGGGCCGGUGAGAAAAUCCUGGUGACGCCAUCCUCCAAAGUGCUGCUGUUUUACCCACCAGAAGUGGAGGCCACCAUUACAGGAGAGGGCUGCCCGGGCCGAAUGGUGGAAAUCGAAGGGAAAGCGGGCCUCUUUCUGGAAGGUCAAAUCCAGCCGGCGCUGGAAGGAGUGGAGAUCACCAUCAUGGAGAAGGGGACGGACGCAGUGCUCAUCACCGUGGCGACUGAUGAGAUGGGCGCUUACAGUGUGGGCCCCCUGCACCGAGACCGCGACUAUGUCAUCAGCGCCAAGAAGGAGGGGUUUGUACUGACGCCCGUGGAUGGCACUCAGGGCGACUUCAAGGCCUUUGCAUUGGCAGGGGUCACCUUUGAGAUCAGACUGGAAGAUGGCCAGCCCCUCUCUGGCGUGCUGCUCUCUUUGAGCGGGGGACAGUUCCGUUCCAACCUCCUCACUCAAGACAGCGGUGUUCUCACCUUUAACAACUUGAGUCCUGGCCAGUAUUACUUUAAGCCAAUGAUGAAGGAGUUCCGCUUUGAGCCGGCGUCCCAGAUGAUCGAGGUGGAAGAAGGCCAGAACCUGAACAUCGCCAUUACUGGAUACAAGACGGCAUACAGCUGUUACGGCGCCAUCUCCUCUUUGAGCGGCGAUCCAGAAAAGGGCGUGUCGGUGGAGGCAGUCGGCCAGGGGGACUGCAGCCUGUACGUGGAGGACACCAUCACCGACGAGGAGGGCCGAUUCCGCCUGCGUGGUCUGCUGCCCGGGUGCAAAUACGUCAUCCAGUUGAAAGCAGAGGGUAACGAGCACAUCGAAAGAGCCCUCCCACCGCACCGCGCCAUUGAGGUGGGGGGCAACGACAUCGAGGGGGUCAACAUCAUCGCCUUCAGGCAGAUCAACCAGUUUGACCUUAGCGGAAAUGUCAUCAGCUCUCCGGAGUUCCUUUCCAUGCUUUGGGUGAAGCUUUAUAAAAGCGAUAAUCUGGAUAACCCUGUUCAGAAGGUCUCCCUGGGCCAGUCCCUGUUUUUCCACUUUCCCCCUUUGCUUCGUGAUGGAGAGAACUACGUCAUGAUGCUGGACACCACCCUGCCACGUUCACAGUACGACUUCUCUCUGCCGCAGGUCUCCUUUAGUGCCUCGGGGUACCACAAACACGUCACUCUGUCCUUUAACCCCACGCGUAAACUCCCUGACCAGGAUGUGGCCCAAGGCUCGUACAUCGCUCUGCCUCUCACGCUGUUACUGCUGCUGGCGGCCUACAAUCACGAGAAGGUCAUCCCCUUCUUAACGCAUUUGGCCAGCUGGGCCCAAAGCAUGCGAGGUCUGGGGCAGACCAUGGGAGACAAUGCCAACCAGGAGGAUGCCAAGCGGCAAGCCAAGAGGCAGAAAGCCAGGCGGACGUGACGGGACGGGACUUGUGUGGAGUAAUUGAUGGGGGA